UUCAACUAUUAAAUUUUGAAUUUAAGCAUUUGCCUAAGCUUAAAACUUGGUUAAUUUUGGAACAUUGUAAAGUCUUUUUGAUGAGGCCAAGUAGACUUUUCUUCGUAGCUACUUCUCUUUGUUGUCAGCUGAAGGUGCUGCAGACUGAUGAUGCUGCCAGUGAUCUCAUUACUCAAAAUCUUGUCUUUUCAAUUUGCUCUCUGCAUUCAUUCUUAGGAAAAAAUGAAUGUAAAGAUGAGUUCUGGUCCACCAUUGAACAUGACGAGCAGGGUCUUCUGCUUAAGGCUUUUCAACAGCUUGAUUCAAGGAAAGGGAAAAACAUCUAUCUGUCUCUUGUGUCUGACCUUAGCGAUCAAGAAGAUGAAGGCCAGCGCUACUUGGUCAUUUCUUAUUUGCUUAAGACAAUGGGAAAGAUUUCCCUUCAUGUGGAGGAUAUGCAGAUGAGAAUUAUCUUCAAUUGUUUCAAAUCAGUUUCACCAAAGCUUAUAGAUCAGAGUAGAUUGUUGUCCCCUGAAGGUGAGGUUGAUUGCCAAAGCUUUGCAUAUCAUAUGCUGUUGCCCCUGUACAAAGUUUGUGAAGGAUUUGCUGGAAAAGUUAUAUCAGGUAUGGUCUCUCAUUCAAUCUCUUGCAAACUUGUUGUUUCAAGUGUCUGCCCAUACUAUCUUAUAUGCAAAGUGCUAGCUGCAUUUACAAAUGUUCUUCACUUCCUCUUUGGCUUCCGAGUGAUUAACUUUGUAGUCCUUAAUAUAUUUGAUGAUUACGUGUAACAUCCGACAAUUUAAAAUGAAUAUGA